UGGGUCCUCGGCCCUGUCCCCGGAAGCGGGCGCAGGGGGCUGCCCGGUGGGACACACGUGCGUCUGCCGCGAUGAAGUUCGCGUACCGGUUCUCAAAUUUGCUGGGUACAGUGUAUCGGCGUGGAAACUUAAAUUUUACACAGGAUGGUAAUUCUGUUAUCAGUCCUGUGGGAAACAGAGUCACCGUGUUUGACCUUAAAAACAACAAGUCGGACACCCUACCCCUGGCCACGCGGUACAAUGUCAAGUGUGUGGGGCUCUCUCCGGAUGGCUGCCUCGCCAUCAUUGUGGACGAAGGUAAUGGCCUUGGGCCAGAGCAUGGUGUAUGGGGUGGGGGUAGGCAUGGCGGGUGGCUGUUCUACCCUGAUUGGGUGGUCAGUGUGGAGAAAAGUGAGGACGUCUCUGUCGGGUGGGCCUCACGUCCCCAUGCCAAGAAAGGUGAGGAGGACGUCAAGGUGUGGAACACGCUCAGUGGCUUCUGCUUCAUCACCUUCACGGAGCACUCGAGUGGGGUCACCGGUGUGACCUUCACUUCCACAGGCUACGUCAUUGUGACUUCAUCCAUGGAUGGGACUGUGCGUGCCUUCGACCUUCACAGGUACCGCAACUUCCGCACCUUCACGUCGCCACGCCCCACGCAGUUCUCCUGUGUGGCCGUGGACGGCAGCGGUGAGAUUGUCUCUGCUGGUGCCCAGGACUCCUUCGAGGUCUUCAUCUGGUCCAUGCAGACUGGCCGGCUUCUAGACGUUUUGUCUGGCCACGAGGGGCCCAUCAGUGGUCUGAGCUUUAACCCGGCCAAGUCCGUGCUGGCCAGCGCUUCCUGGGACAAGACAGUACGCCUGUGGGACAUGUUUGACAGCUGGCGGACCAAGGAGACGCUGGCCCUGACCUCCGAUGCCCUGGCCGUGACUUUCCGCCCUGAUGGUGCGGAGCUGGCUGUGGCCACGCUGAACUCGCAGAUCACCUUCUGGGACCCUGAAAACGCGGUGCAGACGGGUUCCAUCGAGGGCCGGCACGACCUCCGAGCGGGCAGGAAGGAGCUGGACAAGAUCACGGCCAAGCACUCAGCCAAGGGGAAGUCCUUCACCACCCUGUGCUACUCCGCGGACGGCCAGAACAUUCUGGUGGGAGGCCUGUCCAAGUUUGUCUGCAUCUAUCACGUCAAGGAGCAGAUCCUCGUAAGGAAGUUUGAGAUCUCCUGUAACCUGUCUCUGGAUGCCAUGGAGGAAUUUUUGAACCGGAGGAAAAUGACAGAGUUUGGCAACCUGGCGCUGAUUGAUCAAGAUGCCGGGGAGGAGGACGGGGUCGUGAUACCGCUACCGGGCGUAAGGAAAGGUGACAUGAGCUCUCGGCACUUUAAACCUGAGAUCAGAGUGACUUCGCUCCGCUUCUCCCCAACAGGGCGCUGCUGGGCAGCCACCACCACCGAGGGGUUGCUCAUCUACUCCCUUGACGCCCGCAUGACCUUCGACCCAUUCGAGCUGGACACCAGCAUCACACCCAGCCGGAUUCGCGCCGCGCUGCGCCAGAGGGACUUCACGAGGGCCAUCCUGAUGGCCUUCCGGCUCAACGAGCAGGCGCUGGUGCAGGAGGCGCUGGAGUCGGUGCCCCAGGACGAGGUCGAGGUUGUCAGCUCCUCGCUGCCUGAGCUGUACGUGGAGAAGGUCCUGGAGUUUCUCGCCACCUCCUUCGAAGUGUCUCGCCACCUGGAGUUCUACCUCUUGUGGACGCGGCAGCUGCUCAUGCAGCAUGGACAGAAGCUGAAGUCCAGGGCGGGGAUGUUGCUGCCAGCCGUGCAGUUCCUACAGAAGAGCAUCCAGCGGCACCUCAACGAUCUCUCCAAGCUCUGUGACUGGAACUGCUACAACAUGCGAUAUGCUCUGGCCGUGUCCAAGCAGAGGGGUGUGAAGCGGCCCGCGGAGCCGCCAGGCAGUGAGGAGGAGGCUGCUGCAUCCACCGAUGACGAGGACAGCCUGCGCCUGCUUGCGGGGACAGAAGAGGAGGAAGGAGAGAUGCUGUCAUAGAGGUCCCGCGGCUGCGGUGCCAGGACCAUCAGACAUGCCCAAGGUGUGGGCGGCUGUGACUGCUCAGCCUGCCCGAGGCUCAGAGACCUGGGACGUCGGUGCAGGAGACUUGCUUUCCUCUAAAGGAGCCAGCGCACGCAAGCAGCCAGGGGAGCGGCCGACCUCCAGCCCGUCUCAGGCAGCACCUGACCCAGGGGAUUGAGCCUCAAGUAAACGUUGAAACUUCUGCCGUUGAAACAGUGCCUUCACAUAGGUCCAUGUGUCCCAUUCCUGGAUGCAGACUGCGUAUGAGGGCUGUUUAUAUACUUUUGAUGAUGAAUUGAGUGAUGAAGACAGUGGGGCGUUCUGAAUGUGAAGAUGGAUUAAGUCUAAGCUAAAUUAA